AUGGUAGGAGUCCCCAGGCCCAGAGCCCAGGGGGUUGUUCCACAGAGGCCAUGCUGGCCCCUGGCCCGGAAGAAGCACCGCCGGAGGCCUUCAAAGCGCAAGCAGCAUGCUCACUUUGGCAGCACAUAUACAAAGCGCAAGCGGCACUGGCGGCCCUACUUGGAGCUCAGCUGGGCUGAGAAGCAACAGCGGGACGAGAGGCAGAGCCAGCGGGCCUCCCGGGUCCGAGAAGAAUUGUUCGCCAAAGGCCAGCCCGUGGCACCCUACACCACCACCCAGUUCCUGAUGAACGACCGAGACCCCAAGGAGCCCAACCUGGAUGUGCCCCAGGGGGCCUCCCACCCAGGCUCCAGUGGGGAGAGUGAGGCCGGGGACAGUGACGGGCAGGGCCACACUUGUGGGGAGUUCCAGCAGAAGGAUUUCUCUGAGGCCUAUGAGCGCCAUCUCCCCAAGAGCCUGCAGGGCCGCAGCAAGGAGGAGCUGGUGCGAGACUCUCUGGAUCUGGAGAGGCAGCUGUCCCAGGCCGAGGAGGAGGUGAGGAGGCUGCGGCAGCAGCUGCCGAGGCGCACCAGCGGUUACCCCUGUUGCCAGGUGGAGGAACUGGCCGCCGAGGUAGAGAGGCUCCGGAUGGAGAACCAGCGGCUCCAGACGGAGAACCAGCAACUUCGGCAGGAGAACGAGAUGUGGAACCGGAAUCGAGAAGGCUGCCGCCGUGGUGGGCAGCCGGGCCGCUAG